AUGCUGAAUGUGGGGUGUUGCAUAGAGCUGGUAGAAACGCUGUUGAAAACGGCUGAAAGAAAGCGGCCUACACUGGAUGCUGAUAACUAUGAGACUGAUCCAUGUCUGAAAGAGAUUCGGAAAGCAGAAAAUUAUUCUUGGAUGGAUAUAAUAACUAUACAAAAAGACAAGCUUCCAAAUUAUGAAGAAAAGAUAAAAACAUUUUAUGAAGAACAUUUGCACCUAGACGAUGAAAUUCGCUACGUCUUAGAUGGAUCUGGCUAUUUUGAUGUUCGAGACAAGAAUGACAAAUGGAUACGGAUUUCCAUGGAAAAAGGAGACAUGAUCACUCUCCCUGCUGGCAUAUAUCACCGAUUUACACUGGAUGAGAAUAAUUACGUGAAGGCAAUGAGGCUAUUUGUUGGAGAACCAGUCUGGACAGCAUACAACCGUCCAGCUGAUCAUUUUCCUGCUCGGAAACAAUAUAUGAAGUUUUUGACUGAAGAAGCACAGUAAUGGUCUCUGAAACCUGAUAUGUGAAAACUCCUGAAGCUCUAUCAGAAAAAAUGUAAAUGGUGUUUUUUUUUCACCGUUUACACUUGCAUAUACUCUUAGAAUCACAGAAUCAUAGGAAAAAAUGGGUUGAAAGGUCACGUGGAGGUCAUCUAGUCCAAUCAACUGCUCAGUGUAGGGCCAACUUCAAAAUUUGAUCAGGUGCCUCAUGGCCUUGUCUAGCUAAGUUUUGAAAAUCUCCAAUGGCGGGGAUUUCACAGCUUCUCUGGGCACCCAUUCCAGUGCUUAACUACUGUCAUGGGCAAUAAUUUUUUUCUUUAUGGCCAAUGUGAACUCCCUUGUGGCGGCUUGUGAUUGUUGCCUCUAGCCCUUUCAUUGAAUGCCUGAGAAGAAUCUGAUUCUGUCUUCUCUACAAUCCUUUCCUCUAGUGGGAGACCUCUAGUAGGUCCCCUCUUACCCUUCUCUUCUCCAGGCUAGACAAACCAGUAUCCUUGGCUGGACUCUCUCCAGUCUAACUAAUGAAGAUGUUAAACAUUAUUGGCCCUAGUUUUGAUUGCUGAGGAACAUCGCUCAUAACCAGAUUACUGUUAGACUUGAACCACUGACUACUUCAAGCCUGAUGGUCCAGCAGCUUUUCACCACCUUGCAGUCUGUCUCUAGUCUGACCACAAGACUGCUCUGGGAGUCUGUGUUGAAAACCUUGCUAAAGUCAAUGUAAAUGACAUUCACCACUUUCCCUCCUUCAUGGAGCCAGUCAUUUCUUCCUAGGUGGCAGUCAGCAUGGUCAGGCACAAUUUGCCUUUAGUAAAUGGGUGCUGGCUGUUUCUGGUCACCUUCUUGUACUUCAUGUGCCUGGAAUGGCUUCCAUGAAAACUUGCUUCUUAAUUUUCCUGGGUUCUGAAGUGAAGCUGACUAGCUUGUAGUUCCUCUUUCUCGCCUGUUUUGAAGAUAGGUGUAACGUUUGCCUUUUUCCAGUUACUAAGAUUUCUCCUCGUCUCUGUGACAUUACGAAGGUGAUAGCAACCUUGCAGGUACAUUUACACUUGCUCAGGAAUCCAUUUUCUAUCCCUUUUCUUGAUAUUUCUAGCAGGUAGAAUUGGGAGAGGUGGGCUACAUUAAUAUUCAUUCUGCUCUGAAUCCAUGCAAAUGAACUAUGUAGGAUUCAUUUUUUAAUUAAAGAAAAUAAACCCUGUUUCAUUCUUGUCUAAAAAUGUUCAUAAGAUAAUUUGCAUAAUCAGCAUUUUAGUAUGCAGCUUCCCAAGUUCUGCCUUGGUACAUAAAACUGUGAUUUUCUUGCAGUAGAAUGCAGCACUUGGCUCUUCUGAGUUACUAAUAAAAUUACUUUGUCUUGGG